GUAGCUGCGUUAGCUACAGCAACAAGAACACAAACAGCAAAGAAAUUAAUGCAGAGUUGGCGAUCGACGCGUUAAGGCUAUAAUUAUUUGAACGCAUACGCAUACGCAUACGCAUAUGCUGUUUGUGCACCCUAUAAAACAAUACAAGUGAAAAGCGUGCCAUAAUUAUAACAACAACAGCAGCAACAGCAUCGGCAGCAUCAGAAGCAAACCGAGGGCAGUCUAAUAACAAUAAUCAAAGACCGCAAACAAAAUCAAUAAACGGCAAUGUGCGAAAAUUGCUAAAAACAACAGCAAAAGGAAAACAAAAGAAAGGAAAAGCAAAGCAAAAUACAUCAGCAGUCAGCUAAAUCAGCAACACCAAUAACGACAGCAGCCAUUAAAAUUGCCAACAUGAUUGACGCCACCUGCAAUUAUUUGAAUCCCUAUACGCUGYCCCAGCCAACAGGCAUUCAGCAGCAGCAGCAGCUCCAACAGCAGCAGCAACUGCAAAUACAACAACAACAGCAUCAGCAGCAGCAGCAGCAACAACAUCAACAGCAACAUCAACAGCAGCAGCAGCAGGAGCAACAGCAACCAAGUCAUGAUUUCAUUAGCGCCACAUUGCUGUCUGCCUCGACGUCCACCUCCGCCUCCAACUGUGACUCGACUGCCUCCUCUCCGCUAGCAUUUUACGGCAAGCAGGGAAAUGCAUCGCCGACAGUUUCUGCAUCGACCGCAUCAUCACAUCAGGCGGUGCCGCCAAUGAAGCUGGAAAUGCAAUAUCCGCCACAGGCAUCAUCCACGGGCAGUGCAUCGCCCAACUCCAGUUUGUCACAAUCGGCCGCUUCCUCUGCAUCGGUGUCGCCCAGCAUUUUCCCAUCGCCAGCGCAGUCCUUUGCCUCGAUAUCCACUAGUCCGCCAGCCGCAGCCGGCGGUGGCUCCUCCUCGGCCGCCGCAGCAGCCGUCGCCGCAGCCGCUGCCGCCGACCUGGGCGCCGCGGCUGUGGCUAGCGCCUACAGCUGGAAUACGGCUGCCUACACAGCGCUACCAACCAGAACUCAAUUUCCGUAUGCUCAAUAUGCAACGUACGGAAAUGUGGCAUCAGUUGGCGUUGCAGCAUCGGCGUCGGCCGCGUGGUUCUCGCACCAGGAGCGCCUCUACCAGCCGUGGUCCUCGCAGAGCUAUCCGAGCUUCAACUUCGACGACAUCGCCUUCCAGACACAGCUCCAGCGUCGCUCUGUGCGCUGCACCUGCCCCAACUGCACCAACGAGAUGAGCGGCUUGCCGCCCAUCGUCGGGCCCGAUGAGCGCGGCCGCAAGCAGCACAUCUGCCAUAUUCCCGGCUGUGAGCGGCUCUACGGCAAGGCUUCACACCUGAAGACCCAUCUGCGAUGGCACACGGGCGAGCGUCCGUUCCUCUGUCUGACGUGCGGCAAGCGCUUCUCGCGCUCUGACGAGCUGCAGCGCCACGGACGCACCCACACCAACUACCGGCCCUACGCCUGCCCCAUCUGCUCCAAGAAGUUCUCGCGCAGCGAUCACCUCAGCAAGCACAAGAAGACCCACUUCAAGGACAAGAAAACGAAAAAGGCCCUGACCGCCGAGGCCAAGGAACAGGCGGCGGCGGCCAUCAAGCAGGAGAAGUCCGAGAAGGCGCUCAACGGCAGCAAGAAGGCGCUGAAGAGCACCGCGGCUGCCGUCACGGCGCCAAUGCUCGGCGGCAGCAGCAGCAGCAGCAGCAUCAGCAACAGCAAUAGUAAUAAUCGUGCCAUGGAACAUAACCAAACUACCUCAGCGAACGCCAGACCCACAUCGGGUAGUGCACCAACUCUAUCCAGCAGCAACAGCAGCAGCACCAGCAACACCAACAACAACACCAACAACAGCAGCAGCAGCAGCGCCAGCCACAGCCAUACGCAGCACUAUGCGGCGCUGGCGAUGCAGAGCGAAUCGCAGCUGGCCUCAGAAUACGGCCUGACCAUGUCCGGAUUGGCGAGCGGUGCCAGCGACAGCAGCAGCAGCAGCUGUAAUAAUCUGAACGGUGGAUAUUCCGGACUUGUGGGGCCCAUGAAGUCCGAUUACGUCGGCAACUAUCCGGCCGAGUUUGCCAGCGGCUCUGGCUACGGCUAUGCGCAUCAUCAUGUCGCCCAUGCUCAUGCCCACGCCCACGCCCACGCGCACGCGCACGCCCACAAUCAUCAUCAUCAUCAUUAUCACAAUGCGUGGACCGCCGCCUAUCAUCCGCAUGCGACCGCCUAGACGGAAGAGGAGAUCGUUGCGGCCGGGUACCUUAACUAAAUCCUUGUUGUUGUGUUG